AUGGGAGGAGUGAUUUCCAAAGUAAACAAUAUACUGUAUACAAAGCUGCGAGGGAUAUUUUCUGGAGGAACGGAGCGAUCGAUAACGAUGAUAGGGCUUGACGGGGCAGGGAAGACGACACUCCUGCUGUAUCUGCAAACUGGAGAGGUGCACCAAACAGUUCCGACGCUCGGAUUCAACUGUGAAAACGUCAACCUCGGGAAUAUGAAGUUCCAAGUGUGGGACAUCGGAGGACAGAACUCGUUCAUGAGAUUCUGGCACCAGUACAUAAACGAUGGAAGCGGAAUCAUAUACAUGGUGGACUGUGCAGACCCACAAAGAUUCGGAAAGUCAAGCGAAGAGCUGUGGAGGAUACUGAACAUCCUGAGCAGCCCAAGGCCGCUGCUGGUACUUGCAAACAAGAUUGACCUGCUCAGAGAGCACGAGAGAGGCGAGGUGAUAAAGAACAUCAGAAACGAGUUCAACCUCGAGAAGUACAGCGGACCGUCGCUGAUUGUGCCCAUCAGCGUUCUCCAAGCAGGGUCGAUGACGUCUGCCAACGACGAGAAUGGAAGAGAGAUAAUCGAUGCAUUCAGAUGGCUGAACAAGGAGCUUGAGAAAAUGCCAAGAGCAGAAGUCCUCAGAACAGAGACUCUAUAA